UCUGUGAGGACUGUGAGUUUGAGUUUGGAGCUCUUGAAGGUAGCACAGUGGGACAGUACUUUGUACAGUGUUACAUAACACUGCUGCUGCAUGUUAGUUUGCUGACAAGAGUUUGCUGAGAAGAGUGGAAGCACAACCAAAACUCUGCCAUGCGUGUAGCGAUCAUCGGAGCUGGGGUUAUCGGCCUUUCCACAGCCCAGAGUAUUUACGAGCAUUACCAUGACAAAAUCAGUCCCUUGAAUAUAGAUGUCUACGCAGACGUCUUUACUCCUUUGACCACCAGCGAUGGAGCAGCAGGACUGUGGCAACCGUACCUCUAUGAUAAGGGCAACAUCCACGAAACAAAAUGGAACAAAGAAACAUUUGAUUACCUUCUGAGUUUCCUCAGUUCUCCCGAAUCUGUUACAAUGGGAAUAUUCCUGCAGUCUGGCUACAACCUGUGCACCCAGCAUGCCCCGGAGCCAUCGUUUAAAGAUAUUGUGUUGGGUUUUCGGGAACUCACCCAGCGUGAACUUGAUAUGUUUCCUGGAUACAGUUUGGGUUGGUUUAACACUGCUAUAAUGCUGGAAGGGAAGACGUAUCUGCCCUGGCUCAUGAACUGGUUGGCAAAAAGAGGCGUGACAUUUCACCACAGAAAGAUCCAUUCAUUUCAAGAGCUGGCAGAGAGUGGAGCGGACAUUGUCGUCAACUGCUCAGGCGUUCGAUCAGGUGACCUCCAACCUGAUCCUGAGCUCACUCCAGGCAGAGGACAGAUCAUCAAGGUCGAUGCUCCUUGGAUAAAGCACUUUAUUCUGACACACAAUUUCACAUCAGGCGUUUACAGUUCACCGUACAUCAUCCCAGGGAGUCGUCUAGUGACAGUUGGGGGAAUUUUCCAAGUGGGAAACUGGACUGAACAGAACAAUUCCAUCGACCACAAAGGCAUUUGGGAGAGAGCCUGUGCAUUGGAGCCAAGCUUAAAACAUGCUCGCAUAGUGGAGGACUGGACGGGUCUCAGACCUGUACGCAGUAAAGUCAGGCUGGAGAGAGAGACCAUCCAAUCUGGACCCAGUGUGACUGAGGUAAUCCAUAACUACGGUCAUGGGGGCUACGGGCUGACGAUCCAUCGUGGCUGUGCUGAAGAAGCUGCCCGUCUUUUUGGCGAGAUCUUGCAGCAGCAAGCCAAAGCUAAAUCUCGACUCUAAUUCAACUGUUAUAUAAAAGAUAUUACUCGCCUGUUCGAACUAAUUCAUCCAUAAACAAUGAUCCAUAUCAGUCUGUAAUUUAAAUGUAAAUCUGCUAGUGGAAAUUCAUAAAUCAGCAGCGGUAGCAGAAAUACAAAAAUAUCAUUUUAAAAGAUUGUUUAACUCAGUUUAUACCAAUCCUAUCCAAUGAUUAACCAAAGGAAACAAACAAACAAAACUCUAAUAAUGCAAUAAAUAGAAUUACACACCGUUUUUUAAAUUUUUUUUUCCAUUUGAAAUUUAGUUUAUUGUAGAUACACAUGUGGAGCCAGUGUGGCGUAGGAUAUCUGCACACACACAGACACUAAACUCAGCACUAAAUCGCAAAGGCAGGCAUGUAGGAGAGAGACCUUGCGCCGGGUGAACGCACACAGGACUUCACUGUGCACCAAAGCCGGGUGUAAACCCAUCAGAUAUCAUUUCGAUGAGGUGAUUUAAACGAAUCAUUAAUAAAUCAUAAAUGCAAUCGCUGUACAGGUAAGAAGUGAAAAGCGGUCAUUGUAAAGCUUAGUUACAUAUGUAACAAACCCAAAGUCUCUUUGCAAAAUACAGUACAAUAUACCGACAGUAGAUAUAACGAGAAAGCUAAAACUGUUGAGCAUUUUAAUGUAAUAUUUAGCAAAAAAAAAAAACACCCCAAAACAAUCAAAACAAACCGAUUUAUUUUUCCUCCCAAGACAAGCCAAGUUUGAUGAGUGACAUUUACCACUGUUAAUAAAUGAUCAUAAAACAAAUGU